AUGCAUCGCAGGACCUCGAUUUUGUCGUAUCGCCCCAAGACGUCCUCUGCUGCAGACGACGACCGCACCACCAGCCACAAGAACAACAACAUCAACAUCAACAACAACAACAACAACAACGACGGCCCAAGCCCGACCCACGUCAUGAAGCGCACGGCGUCGCAGACGUUCCAUUCCCACCUGUUGGACGCAAAAGACGGCAGCAUGGCCCUGGGCGCCGUCAAUGAGGGCUUGGACGGCUCCGAGUGCGCCGGGCAGGGCUCGCACUCGCACACCAACUCGCUCUCGCGGGCGUUUGACGCCGUGACGGGGACCUUCAUCCGCCAGAAGACGCGGCGGCGCAUGUCGUCGUUCUCCUCGGCCACGACAGGUACGUCGCGUCGACGGGGAUCCGUGCAAGGCUUCAUCGACGCCUUUCCCUCGUCCAGUGCACACAAGACCGCUGCCGUCGAGCAACAACGCCAUCCUCUGCAGCACCACGACUCGGGCAUACCUGCCUUGCCGCUGCACUCGCACGCAGCUCCCCAACACUCCAAGACCUUCUCACUCAAGCGACUGGGCAGCAUCCGCCACCGCCCCUCCACCUCGGCCUCCUCGCGAGACGUGGCCAAGCUCUCCCUGACAACGCCCUCGCCCUACUCAAGCCAGGCAGGUCCUGGAGCUGCGGCCCGACAAGCAGCUGCAGCCGCGAACCAGGACCGCCAGAACCAAUUGCGCCGUGAACAGGAGCACACCACCAGCUUUCUCAAUGGACUGAUUCCAUCUAUGCGGAGUGGUGCCGACAUCAAGGAUGACGAGAGCGGCGUCGACAUGACCUGUGCCUCACCUAUUGUCCGUGCCGACAGCGUGACGGAGAAGAAGAUGAUCGAUCCCUUCCAACGUCUCCCUGCCGAGCUCGCCACCGCCGUCCUGUCGAAUCUUGAUGCUGCCUCUCUCGUCUGCGCCGAACGUGUUUCUCGCAGUUGGCACCAGCAUGCUGCCUCUCCACACGUCUGGCGUAACGUAUUUCUCCGCGAGUUCAAGCCCGAUGUCCACGUCUCUCCCGCACCCAUCCAGAUGGGUGGCCUAGGCGUCGGGAAAAUGCUAGGGGCCCAUCCAGCGCCCGCCCAAAACUGGAAGAAAAUGUUCCAAGCCAGGAUGGUCAUCAAUCGACGAUGGAAAGCCGCAGAGCCCGCAGCCAUCUACCUCAACGGACACACGGACAGCGUCUACUGUUGUCAGUUUGACGAGAACAAGGCAAUCACCGGGUCGCGUGACCGGACAAUUCGUGUGUGGGAUCUCAACACGUACAAGUGUCUCAAGGUCUAUGGAGGCCCCAACCAUCGCCCAAGUGCGAAUACCCCGCCCACGAUGGAGGAACGUCCAGAACGGGUCAUCAGUCACGCAUCCCUGAACGGUACAAAGGCGGGCGACGACAUUUACCGCGUCCCGUCGGAUUACCAUGAUGCUUCCAUUUUGUGCCUGCAGUAUGACAGCGAAAUCAUGGUGACCGGAUCUUCAGAUUACACUUGCAUUGUUUGGGACAUCACAGGCGAAGACUAUGUUCCCAUGUACCGCCUGCGUGGACACGAGGCCGGAGUGCUGGACGUCUGUUUGGAUGACAAGUACAUCAUUUCCUGUUCCAAGGAUGCCACAAUCAAGGUCUGGGAUCGCAAGACUGGUCACUGCAUACGUACUCUCAAGGGACACCGAGGCCCUGUCAACGCUGUCCAGUUGCGUGGCAACCAGCUCGUAUCGGCCAGUGGUGACGGCAUGGCCAAACUUUGGGAUCUGGAAACCGGCGAAUCCAAGAAAGACUUUCCUUCUGAGGAUCGCGGUCUCGCAGCUGUCGAGUUUUCCGACGACACCAAGUAUGUCCUUGCUGGUGGAAACGAUCACGUCGUGUACAAAUUUGAUGCCAGCACUGGCACGCUCGUUCAUAGUAGAGUCAAGCACGAGGGUCUUGUACGCUCCUUGUUUUUAGACGCUUUCAAUGGCCGCAUCGUGUCCGGCUCCUAUGACCAAUCGAUUCAGGUUUCGGACUACGAGACGGGGCAAACAUUUGCCACGUACAAAAACUGGACGACGAGUUGGAUCCUGUCCGCCAAGAGCGAUUACAGACGUGUCGUAGCCACGAGUCAAGAUGGCCGGACACUGAUUCUUGAUUUCGGAUACAAGGCUACUGGGGCAGAGUUGCUUGUUGGAUCAAAGUGA